GGAGUAUUCUCAUUGUUGACGUGGCGAUGGCACGAGUGUCAUCUAAUUUUGGAAACCUCUUAUUUUAAUCUGAGCAUCUGCUUAUACCCCAUGCUCCACAACUACAAAAAUAGGCGGCAGCUACAGACGCCUUAGUUGUGUCAGUCCAACACAGGAAAUACGGCGAAAAAUUUUCUGGCUGAAAAAAAGAUAUUCCCACCGCUAUACAAGUAUACAUAAGUACAUAUCCCUUCGAUAAACACUCGCAUCCAUCCAUGUACUAUUAUGUAUUUAUACAGAUGGAAUCAAGACGAUCAGUUAUUAUAGUGCAAUCAUGAAUAUUAGACGCAUAACGGGAUCGUAUUAUUCUCACUCUCGUGAAACAUCACAACGUUGCUUUAAUCAUUACGCUUGCGAUUACGCACUUAGCGAUCCAGUUUUAAUAGUUAUUACUUUAACAGCGGUGGUUGGUUCCUUUUGUUUACUAAGCGGGUUAAUUAUUUUGUGUGCAGUUUCCAAAACACUGCACGAUCAAACUUCGGAGGCUAUUCUUCUAUUAGGAAUUGGUUUCUUCAUCUACACGAUUGCUUUUGUUUCCUGGAAAAUAACGAAUGCCAGAAGAAUCGCUCAUAUAACAGAAGCGCUUAAUAAAAAAACCACACCAGCCAUUGUGUGAAAACUUAUGAUGAUAUAAGCCCAGACGGGAGUGUGAAUGAUUAUAAACGAAAUUGCAGUACAAUAUUAUUUAUUUCUAUAGAAUUUAGGACUUAAUGAAAUUGAUACGUAUUUGUAUGUAAGUAUACUAUAAGUUGAUCAUAAUAAUCAUUAAAUAAUCCUGCAGAGAUUCUAAUAGAAAGAGUUUAAAUAGCCAUGUUAUUUAGCAUGUUUAGGUCUAAUGUAAAACUACUUGAAGUAAUUUGGUCAGAUAUUGGAAAUAUGGGAACCACUGCUUUCGCCAUUAAUCGGAGCUCUUCUGUUUUUUAAUUUUUGCAAGAAAUUGUAUGUAUGGCAAUGUUUUUGAAUAUCAUACAAUUUAUACAAAAUGAAUUAAAAGGGACAAAUAAAACCAGGUGCAAUAAAAUUUGUAAUUGCAAAUCCAUUCGAGCAAUUUCUUUGAUAGAUCUGUGACCCAAUCUUAUCUAAAUACUAUCAGAUGAUGUUAUAUCAAUUUUGAACUACUCAACUCACAUUUUAGAUGAGCAGAUUAGUGUGAAACUUUUAUACCGCCCUCUUCGUCCGAAGUCAGGCCACAAGCACGCCAAUUUAAAUCAUGUUAGAACCUAACUUGUGGCAACUCUGCAGAAAUCGGUCCAAAUCGACCUCUAUUACGGUUUGCAAGUGAAGGUAAAGCAAUUCAACUUCAGAUCAACCAAACUGUUUUUUUGUAUUAUGAACUAC